AUGGUCCGGCAGUUAGGGUGGGAUGUGAAGAAAACCACAAGGGAGAGCCACACAGUGCUGAGGGUUUCAGAAAAGGAUGAGUCUCAGGCAUUUGGCAUGAAAGAGGAGAGCUUCGUGGAGGAGGUGAUCCUUGAGUUGGACUUUGAAGGGCCAGAUGUGCCUCCGAGGAGCCAUUACGAAGCACCAGAGGAGGAUAAAACAGGUGGCAAAUUGUUGCAGUGUUUCCAAGCAGACAAGAUCCUGCGGAUAAUUCAGCUGGACCUAGACCUGAAGUACAAGACCAACAUCCGGGAAUUGUUUGAGGAGUUUGACAAUUUCCUGCCAGGCGCCGUCAUUGGCAUAGCAAGAGAGAUGCAGCCAGUAUACAGGCACACGUUCUGGCAGUUCCGCCAUGAGAACCCCAAGACCCGGGUUGGGAGCCCGCCCCCCGAGGGGCUCCCCGGCUUCAACAGCGGAGUGAUGCUGCUGAACCUGGAGGCCAUGCGCCAGUCCCCCCUCUACGGCCGCCUGCUGGAACCCUUGCAGGUGCAGCAGCUGGCUGACAAGUACCACUUCCGCGGCCACCUCGGGGACCAGGACUUCUUCACCAUGAUUGGCAUGGAGCACCCCGAGCUCUUCCACGUGCUGGACUGCACCUGGAACCGGCAGCUUUGCACCUGGUGGAGGGACCACGGCUACAGUGACGUCUUUGAAGCCUACUUCCGGUGUGAGGGCCACGUCAAGAUCUACCAUGGGAACUGCAACACCCCUAUCCCGGAGGCCUAGGUACAUUCUCGUCCGCCAUGCCCUCAGAUCUCUGGAUCUCCUGGAAGCAAAGGGGCGCCUCUGUUACAGGCCCCAUGGUGGCAUCUGACCCUCCGUGGGGAUGUCCUUUGUGAUGACAGCUGCAGCUGUCCCACCCCACAGGUUGUUGUCCUGAGGCCACCCGGUGAGGCCUGGCCUACACAUUGCUGGUGCUUGGGCCUUUUCUCUCCAGGGUACCAGGCAUCGUGGAGGGCAAACACAUAGACAUCUUCCGUUGGGCUAGGAAGCGGGCAUUUAAAGAGAAGAAAGGAAAGAAAAUGGCGCUCUGUGCCCUUAGCCCCCAAAGAAUGGAAAUGCCUGGCCUUUUUUAGACCAAAUAUAAAUUUAUUUUACAUUAACAAGCUUCCAUUUUGCAGGAAAGAACAAAACAGUAUUGCUGUAGAUCCCAGGGAGCUCUGAACGAGUGAGCCAGGGUUUUAACAGCCAGCCCAGAGUUUAAGCAUCCAAAUCAACAUCAGCCUUCCACAUGUGCACCCUGGGAGGCUGUGUGCUUGUUCCUGCGAUGCCCACAUUACCUCGUAUAGGUUUAAAGGUCACCACCUCUGCGGGGAGAGAGCCUUUAUGGCCAGCAGUGGCCCACAUGAGAAAACUGGGCUCAUUAUUUCAGCCUCCACAGCUUUUCUCUCCCAACUACAUCACAGAACCUCAUUAUCCCUUAUUCAUCCAAGCCGGCUUCAGGUGACCAGACUGUGCUCAGAAAUCAGAUCCGCCAUCAAAGAACAGAGCUUGGCCACCCCCAAGGACACGCAGUAGAGUUGUCUGGACGGGAAAAACUCAUUCCAAAGAGGAGCCCAGCAGUGUAUGUGCAUAAACGUGUGUCCCGGAAGGGGUGCCGCUCAUAGGCUGAUAAGCAUUCAGUCUCUGUUUAAAAAAAUCAUCCUGUGACUUUCUUAUUGUAUCAUAUCAGAUCCUGUACCUUAGAAAAAAUUAGGCUCUUCUCUGAAUGAGUUCCCUUGUAAGAUGCAGACAUGAAGCCCCUGGUGGUCCAUUUUGUCUACUCUAGCAGAGGUCCUCGGGAUGGGGGAACUGCUGUUAGAUUUUCAUCUC